CACACAUGGUGGCCGGCGUGAACUGUCAAACUUAAAAUUGGAAACCUUUUAGUAAUUAUGCCUCCAAAACCAACUAAAAACGUAUCCGAUUGGCACCAAUGUGUGAAAUGUAACUGCAUCCUACACGUAAAGGAGUUGUCAAAGCACAAAUUAGAAUGUGAAACUGGAAAGCAGUUGUCACAUGGACACAUUCUUGAUGGAUUAUUGCAUGGUCAACCUAGACCUGUUCCUGAUGACAAAAAAAUAGCCAUAGCAAAUGCCAGUGGUGUCAAGGUUAUCCUUCUUCACCCAGCUGCCAUGCAGAUGUGUGGUUUAACAGUUGGAGGUUUAUGUGUUGUUAACUCAUUAGCUGCCAGAAUCUCUUGGCCUUGUGGAUCGAUUGCAUCCACAUCUGUAGCCCUUAGGGAGAAAGAUCUGAAUGAGUUUGGAUUAUCAGGGCUGGUGCAGGUCCACAAGUUGCUGCCUGAGAGGGUUGAACUGGCUGGGCAUCUUGAGCUUACAGCAGUAGACCGAAGCCCACUGUUUUCAGAUGAAAAGUUUGUUCAGUAUGUGAGCAGCUUCUUAGGUGGACAGUAUGUGUGUGUUGGGGCAGAAGUUUGUGUUCAGUAUUUUGGCCAGACCUUCACACUAACAGUUUCAUUCGCAUCUAAAAAUGGUGAAAAACGAACAAUAUUUACCAUACACCCAGCAAAACAUUCGAGAAACAAUGUUGUGGAAAACCUUGCAAAUCUAAGUUUAAAUGAUUCUGUAUGCAAUGAAUCAAGCUCAAGCCUUAGUAUUGAGACAUCAGGUAGUGUCAGUAUGACAUGUAGUACUCCAAAAUCUACUAAAUCUAUUACUAGUGAAUCAAGCGUAACCAGUUCCCCUUCCAUACGGGAUUCAUCACUUUUAAGUACUCCAAAAUCUGACAUAUCAGUAGAUCGAGAACACUUUCAAACACCUAAACUUGACAAGAAAACAAGUAAUUCAUUGACUAAGCACCACAGUAAAACCUUCUAUAAAGUAACAGACCAAACAAAAGUGAUCAUUAGCACUAGUAAAGAUGGUGAUGCUAAUAAUGAGAUUGAACAGAAAGGUCUGAGUGUGAGUUACCUCAACAUUGGUGGAAUGGAAAAGCAGAUAAGCAUGUUAAGAGAGAUGAUAGAGACACCUCUGAAAUCACCACAUCUUUUCCAGUCUUACGGUUUACCCCCACCAAAAGGUGUGCUGUUAUUUGGCCCCAGUGGGUGUGGCAAGUCUUUGCUAGUUCAGGCUGUUACGACAGAAACCAACAUCAAUGUGGUGUCCAUCUCUGGUCCAGAGGUCUGGAGCAAAUUCUAUGGUGAAACAGAAACAAAACUAAAAAAUCUUUUUCAAACAGCAGUGGAAAGGGCUCCCAGUCUGAUAGUGUUGGAGGAUGUUGAAGUCCUGUGUCCUAGACGAGAUUCCACAAACAGUGAAGUGGAGAAGCGAGUGGUCGCCAGUCUGCUCACUCUCAUGGAUGGCAUCUCACAAUCAUUGGGCAAGUUUGUGUUGGUCCUCGGAACAACAAGCAAGCCAGACCAGAUAGACCCGGCCCUGAGAAGACCCGGACGCUUUGACAGGGAGAUAGAGAUAGGUGUGCCCACUGCAGCCGAGCGCAGGCAGAUCUUGACAUGCCUGCUGUCCAGGUUACAGCACACUCUAACAUCUUCGGACAUGUUUAAUGUAGCUGACUCUGCUCAUGGUUAUGUUGGGGCUGAUCUGGCAGCUCUCUGUAAGGAAGCAAGCCUACAUUGCAUGCAGCGAGCCUGUCCCUCUACAAACACUUAUGUGAAAAUCAGCCUGGACGACAUGAGGUAUGCAAUGACCGUCGUCCAGCCCAGUGCCAUGAGAGAGGUCCAGCUAGAAGUUCCAAAGGUGCUUUGGUCAGACAUUGGAGGUCAGGACCAGGUGAAACUCAAAUUGAAGCAGGCUGUUGAAUGGCCCCUGAAACACCCAGAGGCCUUCAUCAGGAUGGGGAUUGCCCCACCCCGGGGUAUACUCAUGUAUGGGCCCCCGGGCUGCUCCAAGACCAUGAUUGCCAAGGCCCUAGCUACUGAGAGUGGGCUGAAUUUUCUUGCUGUUAAGGGCCCAGAGCUGUUCAGUAAGUGGGUGGGUGAGUCAGAGCGAGCGGUUAGGGAGGUGUUUCGGAAAGCCCGGGCUGCAGCACCAUCCAUUGUGUUCUUUGAUGAGAUAGAUGCCCUGGCUAUCGAGAGAGGCAGUUCAUCAGGCAGCAGUAAUGUGGCAGACCGUGUGUUGGCCCAGUUGUUAACGGAGAUUGAUGGUGUUGAGGGGCUGAGAGAUGUCACUAUUGUUGCUGCUACCAACCGACCUGAUAUGAUUGAUAAGGCGCUGAUGCGUCCGGGUCGGUUUGAUCGAGUGCUGUACGUUCCCCUGCCAGACCUGGCCACACGUCACCAGAUCUUCAUGAUCCACUUGCGUAAGAUGCCGGUUGGGGAGGCAGUUACUCCAGAGUCACUUGCAGAACGAACACAGGGAUACUCUGGCGCAGAGAUUGCGUCUGUGUGCCAUGAGGCGGCCAUGUUCGCACUACAGGAGGAUAUCGGGAGCCAGUCAGUGGAGGAACGCCAUUUCCUGUCUGCACUUGAAACCGUCACUCCUAGGAUUGGCCAGGAUACGAUCAAGUUCUAUGAGGAAUACCAACAAAAAUCUGGAUUGCAUUCUGUAUGAUUGUCUUUUUAGAAUAAAAUAAUUCCAGAUUAACAUCUGGUUGUAUUGUU